CAGUUCUCUCCACUACAACGAGUGAACCCCUUUCAUAAAAAAUACUACUGAUAAUGUCAAUACGCUGUCACUGGAGUACCAAUAAAAGGGGUAUACCAAGCACGAUAGCUCUGCUGACUAGUUCGACUCUACACAGUAAACAUCUCUAAUUCAUUUACACGGCAAAGAAUAAAGGACUUAGGAUGUAGCCUUGUCACAAACCCACUGCUAUCUCAAUUAUUAGCCAUGUUUUGGAUAAUUAACAUCACAUCUAUGGUGUUUUAAGAGACACGGAGCUUUAAGAAGUAGAUUCUGCUGUGUAAGGAACCGCAUUGCGUCUAGAACAGUUCUUCUAAAAGGAUAGGAUUUAUUUAUCAAAGGCCAUGGACGUCGACGUUUUGGGAAUCAUCCUAGUGACGCUUUUCUCAAUCGUGGAAUGUGGUCCACUUUCUGGUCUCGACUUAAAAGAUAUCGACUUUAAGAAAGUCCUCAAAUCACCACAUGAAAGAAACGAAGUAUGUUUGAACAUUUGUGACUUCAAGGAAUGGAGUGAAUGGACUAAUUGUACAGCUACGUGUGGGGGCGGUAACCAAUGGCGACGUCGCUAUCUCUGCUGCCCCAAAAAUGAAACAGUUAAUGGGUGCUACAGACAUUGUCAAAAGAAAUGCUGCCAAGAGCACAAUAAAAAAGACAGUAAAUGCAAUAGAUUCAAACAAUGUAAAUUUGAACCUAUAUCCCAUUGGGAGAGCCAGGAAUGCAACACAAGAUGUUAUAACGGUGGUAGUUAUCUGGGAGUAGAUAAAAACUGUGGAUGUAGAAAUGGGUUCGAAGGAGCCUGUUGUGAAAUAGAAAAGGAACAGUCCCUUGAAGCCUUUCUGGAACUGAAUAUUAAGAGACAGGGAGAACGUACUACACAUCACCGCCACCGUCACGACCAUCGGCAAAGACAGCGUAAUGGCAACGGAUGAUAUUGUAUCGUACAAUGCUGAAACAGUUGCAUUCUAGAUGGUGCCAAAUAUUUAUUUUUCUAAGUCAGCAAAAGCUAUGAUGUGAUUAACACGUAAUCUACACGUUAUCCACACGUGGCGAUAGACAAUCAAGUGAUCAGACCGAACGAACGACCACUUACAAACAAUGUACAUAUUAUACAUAUGUGAUAAGAAGUGAAUAAAAAGAAACAAUUGAUUGGCCAGCGCAAGGGAUGGAACAUUACCUCAUAGGGAAAAUGAUUGAAGAUGGCAGGUGAUAUCGGCAGAUAAUUUCGUGUAUAGAGACGAUUAUUAUCAGAUGUCAUCGUGUUACCUUAAACAAUGAUUGAACGAUUCAAAUACGUCAAACGUCCCCAGAGGGGAAAAGGAUUGUUUGGAAAAUUUUGAGGAUCUGCACAUAUUUCAAUUGGUCGAAAAAUUUGGAAUCGUAACAUCUAUAUUUUUUAUCAAUUUCUAAGGAAUUUGUAUUAUGACUCGGAAUUUCAACUUACACACUUACAGCUAAGCUGCUCCACCUUAAAGAUCCACGUGGCACAUUUUGGUUUGAAAUAUUAAUUUUGCGAUACUCGCCGUUUUAAACA